CAGCGCGGACGCUAACGCCAACAAAGAAUAACGAGCAAUUAUGGAACUAUUUCAAUGUCUGCGAUUAUUUGCGACAAUCUCGUGAAUUCCCCCCGUGUCGUGGAGUUUUGUGUUUUUUGUUUCUUUUUCCAAGUCAUGCCGUCGUCCUGAAUCGAAAAAAUGGCAAGCAAACGAAAAUCCUCGGGCACCAAUAUGAAUUUUCGGCCCCAAAUGAGUGAGGCGACUCGAGAGACGGCUGCAGGACGGCGGCCCCUGCCAGACAGAUCCUCCGUGUCCUCGGUUCUUGUGGUGCUGGUGCUUCACAUUUGUAGGAAGAUCCUGUUCGUCGACCCCAAGUGGAGGGUUUCCUUUUACGCGGGCGUCCUCUUCAUCGUCUCCUUCAUUGCAGACGUCCUGCCCAUCCCAAAGACCUUCCUCAGCAGAUCCGACCAUAUUUUGAAUUUGUACUUUGUGAAACUGGGCUGGGGCUGGACACUCGCCCUGAGCGUGCCCUUCAUCCUGCUGACGUCCUUCACCAUCUGCUGCGGCCGCAGACAGAGAGUGGUAAAGCAACUUUUCCGAAUGGUGAUCGCCACGGUUUGCUGGUACUGCUGGACAAACUUCUUCACCUACAUAGAAACCAACUACGGAAAAUGCUACGUCAACAAGCCAGAGGCAUUUAGCACCAAAGAAAAGUGUCUCGAAGGUGGAUUUUUCUGGCAUGGUCUCGACAUAUCAGGCCAUGCAUUCAUCUUGGUGUACUCGGCGCUGGUGUUGGUUGAGGAGGCCCGGGCCAUAGUUGGAUGGGACUCUAUAGAGGACCUCAUCAGAAAUGAGGAAUUCGUCCGCAACGAAAACGACAACGACCCAAAUAUAGCUCGGCCUUUGCAGGCACUCACAGACUCCGAGCUUGCGAUCUUAAAAACGUCAUACUCAAAGUUCUCUCCGGCGGUUAAAGGCCUCUUUGUGGCCAUCGCCCUCCUCACUUGCAUCUGGGAUCUGAUGUUGUUCGGAACUGCUCUCUACCACCACGUCAUGGCCGAGAAAUUUAUGGGUGGCAGCGUGGCUGUGCUCACUUGGUUUGUGACUUACAAAUUUCUGUACUCGGGCUCCAUGCGUCCUGGCGAUUGUGGCCUCUUCAACUACAAGGACGUCAAGACGGCCAAAGAAGCGCCAGUUACAAAGAGAGCCUCUAUGAAUAGGACUACCAGACCGCCAGGGCAAGGACCCACGUUUAUGGGCAUGCCCAUAACAAAGCCUCCGGAAGACGCGGCCAAAACCAAGGAGGAGCAAGAACAAAUUAACUCAAAGUGGCUUCCUCGAAAGCAAGACUUUUUUGACAGCUAAUAAUUGAACGAAAAUCUCAUCAUCAAAGAUUUCUUGGCUGAAAUGUGCUCAUUAUUUGAGAAAAUAUUUUGUUGUUAGCAAAAAAGGCAUUACUCGUCAUGACAAGCUUUAAAUUGAUUAAAAGUCUGUGCCUUUGUAAAAGAUAAAGAUUUUGUGUCAAAUCUUUUAAGUAUGCCAAAAAUCAUAAAUCACCAGUCAAUGACUUUUCUUCUUACUUAGUUUUAAAUGUUAUGGAGAGUUACUUAUUUAUGUUUGUUUUGUUUCCCAUGAACUGUAAUUCACAUCAUUUUAUUUGUGAAAUCCAUUUCCCCUUGAGGUUGCUCUGUUAUUUAAUAAAACAUCCUUAAUAUUUAGCAGGUCAUUUAUUAUGAAAAUUAUUCCUUAACGCACCUUAAUGUAAUUCAAUCUUGUUACUUAUCUACUAAAUUUGUUGUGUAUUAAAUCAUUAAAUGUCCUGGCAAUCAAAAAAAUUGAGAUCCACAAAUGAAUAAUACUGACUCAGUCUCAAAAUUACUUCAUGGAAUUUAAAAAAAAAUGCCAGUCUUCUUUCUCGACAU